AUGGGUGACGACGAGUUCAACAUCGAUCCUGACUUUGGUGACUUCACCGAUGAGAAUAUCUCCAGCGAUGAGGAUUUGGAGAAAAUGGCUGAGGUGCACACCCCUGUGAACAUUGAAGUGGACACCACACAGCCUUUCGAAAUUGAUAUGGAAUUUGAGAGUAGGGAGAUUGCUAUAAACUAUGUCAGGAAGUGUAGACGUAAACACGGGGUAGUUGUCGUGGUUAAAAGAUCAGAUGCUAAUGCUACAAAGAGAACACCUAGGAUUAUACUUGCUUGUGAGAGAAGUGGUGGUUAUAGGGGGAAAGACAAUGUUUUGAAGAGGAGGUCCUCAACAAAGAAGUGUGGCUGCCCAUUUAGUCUAAGAGCUUAUGUGUUGAAUUCAGUUCCUCAAAGAUGGCAUUUGACUGUGGUGAAUGAGAAACACAACCAUGCUCUAGUUAAAUGCUUUGAAGGGUAUUCAUUUAUGGGUAGACUUACAAGGGAAGAAAGGGAUACUGUUGAAAGAUUAUGUAAGACAGGGGUGAGGUCGAGGGACAUUUUAAAUAGCCUGAAGUUGAAAGAUCCAACAAAUGCUACUACUAUGAAGACCAUAUAUAAUGUGAGGACUGUAAUGCGGGUCAAAGAGUUGUUCAACUUGCUUCUUCAAAAUGGGUAUGUGGUUAGGCAUCGAUCUGAGGCAAACACUGAAGUAGUCAAGGAUUUAUUUUUCAGUUGCUCAACGUCGAUCAAACUUGCAAGAGCAUUUCCAUUUGUCUUCAUGCUUGAUUGUACGUACAAGACAAAUAAGUACAGGCUGCCUUUACUUCAAGUGGUUGGUGUGACUUCAACAAUGAAAAAUUUUUGUGUUGCAUUCUGCUAUACGAGUUCAGAGAAGGAAGAGACAUAUGGGUGGGCUUUAUGUUGCUUCAGGGACUUGUUUGAUACUGUGUUGGCAUGUGUGUUUUUUAAUGAUCGAAAAGUUUCUUUAAUGAUUGCUUUGAAGACUGUUUUCUUAGCUGCAAAGAACCUUCUAUGUAGGGUUCACAUUUCCAGGAAUGUGCUCACGAACUACAUUGGUUUGUUCAAUCUGAAAUCUAAAUUUGAUGACUUCAUGGUUGCAUUUGCAAGUGUUAUGCACUCUUAUACAGUUGCUGAGUAUGAGCAGAAUGUUGCCAAGAUGCAUGAAAGGUUCAAAGGGUAUCCUAAAGCAUUGAGCUAUGUUAAUGAAUCAUGGCUGAACAAGUACAAAACAUAUUUUGUUUAUGCUUAUAUCAAUCAGUUUUUCCACAUAGACAACACAACCAACAACAGAGUGGAGGGUAGUCAUUCAAAAUUGAAGAAAUACUUGUCAACAUCAGUGGGGGGAUUUGUGCAAAGCUUCACACACAUACAUUUGUUGCUUCAAGGUCAAGUUAUUGACGUCAAGGCUUCUUUUGAAGACAGUCUUACUAGGAUGCCAAUUAGGUUUAGGACAUGGAUGUAUAAGGACUUAGUGAAUAUUGUGUCCACUGCUGUUCUAGAGAAGAUUGAGUCUGAAUUUGCAUUUAUUGGCAGCUUAGGUAUUCAGCAUGAUAAGGUGAAUGUGAGAGGUAGAAAGAAAGGGCAGAGGAGUUUUAAAGGUAGCCUAGCAUAUGAUAAAUCAACCAGGAGGGAACCUUCUGCAUUUGAGCAUGCAUUAGAUGGACAUGUUUUUGAAGAUGUUCAACCAAUUCAGCCAUCACAAUGUUCAAGUAAAAGUGUGCAGAAGGAGAAGCAGGACUAG